ACCCCACACUCACCCCCAUUCUCUCUCCCCAUUUCCUGGGGGUGUCCAGGGAAGACAAUCAGCAUCAUCCUGCUCCAGUUGCAAAGUCUCCAAGGACCCUCCUGGACUCCUUCUCCCCAGACCCCUGGAUGGGGUGUGAUGCCCCUCACCCUCCUGCUGCUGCUCUGGGGGUCCCUGGCCCUGAUGGAGACCCGGGCGGGCUCCCACUCCCUGAGGCUUUUCCACACGGCGAUGUCCCGGCCAGGCCUUGGGGAGCCCCACUACAUCGCCUUGGGCUACGUGGAUGACACACAGUUCGGCCGGUUUGACAGCGACUCUCCCGGCCAGAGUGCGGAGCCGCGGGCGCCCUGGGCGGGGCAGGUGGGGCAGGAGGCCCUGGACGAGGAGACUCUGAUCCAAAGGAACAACGCACAGUGGUUCAAAGCGCUCCUGAGGGACCUGCGCGGCCGCUACAACCAGAGCGAGGACGGGUCUCACACCCUCCAGAGGAUGUUUGGCUGUGAAGUGGGGCCAGACCUGAACCUCCUCGGCGGGUAUGACCAGUUCGCCUACAACGGCGCGGAUUUCAUCUCCCUGAGCGAGGACCUGCGCUCCUGGACCCCCGUGGACUCGGGGGCUCAGAUCACCCAGCGCCUGUGGGAGGCGGCGGGCAGGGCCGAGCGCGUCAGGCACAGUGUGCAGAGCAGGUGCCUCCCGUGGCUCCUCAAAUUCCUGAUUUUGGGGAAGGAGGUGCUGCAGCGCACAGAUCCCCCAAAGACAGAGGUGACCCUCCACCUCACCUCUGACCAUGAGGUCACCCUGAAGUGCUGGGCCCUGGGCUUCUACCCUGCGGAGAUCACCCUGACCUGGCGGGAUGGGCAAGACCUGAUCCAGGACAUAGAGCUGGUGGAUACCAGGCCUGGGGGGAAUGGAACAUUCCAGAAGUGGGCAGCUGUGGUGGUGCCUUCUGGAGAGGAGCAGAGAUACACGUGCCAUGUGCAGCAUCAGGGGCUGCUGGAGCCCCGAGUCCUGAGAUGGGUGCCCCCUCCUCAGCCCUCCAUCCCCACCGCGGGCAUCAUUGCUGGCCUGGUUCUCCUUGGAGCUGUGCUCACUGGAGCUGUGGUGGCUGCAGCUGUGAUGUGGAGGAAGAAGUGCUCAGGUAGGGAAGGGAGUGGGGGAUCAUGUCCAUUUGGGGCUUUCAUAUCCCAGGGAGAACUUGCCUACCGAGAUGGGAAGAACCUGACCCAGGACACGGAGCUGGUAGACACCAGGCUGGAGGGUGAUGGAAUCUUCCAGAAGUAG